GGAAAACGGGUGGGCUUGUACAGAAGCAGCAGUGUGAGUCUGCAGGUGUCAACAACAAAAUAUUAAAACACACCCUCAUUACCGCAAAACUUUCAAGAUUUUGAUUUUUCAUAGUUCUAGCCAGAGAAAGGAGCAAAAUGUUUAGACGAAUAUUACAGAUGACUCCUGGGAAAGGAGGCUCCCAGAGCUCGGAGUCUGAGCAGCCGUCUGCUGAUAUGAAUAAUGAGUCUUCAGAGGGCUUCAUUUGUCCCCAGUGUAUGAAGUCACAUAAUUCUGCUGAGGAGCUCUUCAAACAUUAUGAGGUGUUCCAUGAGCCAGGAGACCAGCCGUCUCCCUUCAGUCCUGGCAGGGAGGAUCUAUCCCUUCUUCGACAGGAAGUCCAAGAUUUACAAGCUUCACUGAAGGAGGAACGCUGGUUUUCUGAGGAAUUGAAAAAAGAAUUAGACAAAGUACAAGGACAACUAGCUACUAACAAAGGCUCACAGAGUGAUGGUACUAGUGAAAAGUCAGAGCUCGAGAUGAGGCUUAACGAAUCAGAGACAGAAAAGUUCAACAUCAAACAGAUGAAAGACUUAUUUGAACAGAAAGCUGCUCAGCUCGCAACUGAGAUAGUUGACAUCAAAUCUCGUUAUGAUGAGGAGAAAAGCAUGAGAGAAGCGUUGGAGCAAAGGCUGGCCAAUCUAAACCAAGAUCUGCAGAAAGAGAAACAGGAAAAGGAGAAACUGACGGCAGAGCUGCUCCAGAGGCCUGGAGUGGAAGACGUGGAGGUGUUGAAGAAAGAGCUGGUGCAGGUGCAGACGCUCAUGGACAACAUGACCCGUGAGAGGGAGGAGGAGUCCGAGCGCCUCAAGAGCCAAUACGAACAGCUGCAGGCCAACUUCACUACCUCAGAGAUUCGUAAACUGGAGACAACGAUUGCUCAGUUGAAGGCAGAACUGGAGAAGGGACCUCAGGAGGCAGCAGUCUACACCCAGCAAAUCCACCAAUUACAGAGCAGCCUGAACAACCACCAACAGCAGACCCAGCUUUUGUCAGAGAAGUUAUCUCGUAAGGAGAAGGAGAGUCAGGAAUUCGAGGAGCGUCUGGGUCAGGAGCAGGCCUCUAAGAAGAGUCUUCAGGCUAGUCUGCACCAGAAAGACCUGGAGCUCCAGGAGAGCCAAGCCCGGGUGUCGUCGGGAGAGGCAGCUCUGAGUCGGGCCCAGGCUGAAUUGACCGAACGUGGGGAGGAGGCCGCACGACUAAAACGGGAGCUCAGCGAGCUGGAAAAGACCCACCAGGAGUUGAAGGCCGAGAGGAAGCAACUUCAACAGCAGAGAGAAGAUAAAGAAAAUCAGGGCCUGCAGCAGCAAAGUGAGAUCAGCCAGCUGCAUGCGAAGCUGCUGGAAACAGAGCGUCAGUUGGGGGAGCUGCAGGGCCGGCUAAAAGAGCAAAGACAACUCUCAGGAGAGAAACUCAAAGAUCGGGAACAGCAGGUGGCAGACCUGCAACUUAAACUCUCCCGCUUGGAGGAACAGUUAAAGGAGAGCUCUACCAAGUCUACUGACCUGCAGCAUCAGCUGGACAAAUCCAAACAGCAGCACCAAGAACUACAAACACUUCAACAGAGCACUAAUGGGAAACUUAGAGAAGCACAGAACGACCUGGAGCAGGUGUUGCGUCAGAUCGGGGACAAGGACCAGAAGAUCCAGAAUCUUGAAGCUCUGCUCCAGAAGAGCAAGGACAGUGUUAGCCAGCUGGAGGCAGAGAGAGAGGAUCUGUGUGCUAAGAUCCAGGCUGGUGAAGGAGAAGCAGCUGUGCUGAACCAACUAAAAGAGAAAAAUCACUCACUACAGGAACAGAUUACGCAGCUUACUGACAAGCUCAAGAACCAGUCAGAGAGCCACAAACAGGCUCAGGACAACCUUCACGAGCAGGUGCAGGAGCAGAAGACCCACUUGCGCUCGGCACAAGACCGCUGCCAGGGCCUAGAGACCACCGUCUCUGAACUUACCACACAGCUCACAGAAAGCAAAGAGAAGAUUGCCCAGCUAGACACACAGCUAAAAGCCAAGACUGAGAUGCUGUUGUCUGCCGAAGCAGCAAAAAAUGCCCAGAGAGCUGACUUGGAAAACCACCUAGAGACUGCCCAGAAUGCAUUACAAGAUAAGCAACAGGAGUUGACUAAAGUGCAGGCUCAGCUGGAGGAGCAGGGCCGCAAGCUGCAAGAGAAGCAGGAGCAGUGCUCUCAGCUGGAGACCAGUCUGAAGGACGGCAGAGACAAACUGCUGACUGCAGAGCAGAGGAUAGAGACACUGGAGACCCAGGCCAAGAAAGCAGAGGCAGAGUUAACUGAACUCCGGUCUGGAAGGGAACAGGCUCAGAAAGAACAGCAGAUGCUGAAGAAGCAAAUCAGUGAGCUGGAGAUAAAGACAAAGGAGCUGAACCGUCUUUUAGACUCUGAGAAACAAGGAGCUGCCACCCAGCAAGAGGAGUUAAAGAAGAAAACAUCUGCCCUCUCCGAAACAAGACAACAGCUGGAGAAAGCCGAGCAGGAGCGUGGAACCCUGCAGGCUAGCCUGGAUAAACUGUCUCAGGAGGGACAGAAGCAGCAAGCAGAGCUGGACAAGAAAGUUCAAGGUCUGAGUGCAGAUCUUAAGAAAGCUCAGGAGGAGAAGGAAGCUCUGACUAAAGAAAUGGCAACGGUGAAAGAGGCUCUGAGCAAAGCUUCUAAAGCUCUCAAAGAGAGCCAGACUCAAUUGGAGGCGGAGAAGAAGAGCAGCAAGGCCACUUUGGAAGAGAAGAAGUUUUACCAGAAAGCACAACAAGAGCUUCAGAAAAACGCAGAGACUGCUUCUAAAGAGCUCAGCAAUGUUAAAAGUCAGCUGGAGAAAUCGAUAGUGGCAGAAAAAGGACUUCAAUCUCAGGUGACCACACUAAACACUCAACUGAAACAGUCUCAAGAUACACUAAAAGAGAAAGAAAAGAGUGUACAGCAGCUACAGGGAGAGCUGAAGACCAAAGAGGGGUCCUUCAGCCAGGAAGUGAAGAAACUUCAGACACAAGUGUCCGAGCUCCAGACUUCCCUCACUAAAAAGACUGAAGACGAGGCGAAGCUGAAGGAGCAGGUGACUGCAUUGUCUAAAGAUCUAAACUCUGAGAAGAAUCGCUGUGCAGAGCUGCAGAAAACUAGCGACAGCACCAAAGAGAGUCUGGCCACUCUUCAGUCCGAUUACUACGGCAAAGAGUCUGAGCUCUCUGCUGUACGCCAGGACCUCAAGGUGUGUGAGGAGAAGCUGGUUCUAGCUCAGGAGGAGCUGGUGGCCAACAGGAACCAGCUCAGCGCUCUCGAAACCCAGAUCCAGGAGCUGAAGACAGGCCGCACGGCGCUGGAGAAAGACCUCAGCAAGAGAGACGAGAAGAUCAAACAACAUGUGGAGGCUGAACAGAAGCUACAGAAACAACAGGAACAAACUGAGGAGCAGCUGAAGAAUGAGAAGGCUCAAUGCGAGGAGCUCAGAGAGUGCCAGAGCGCUCUGGAGAAGGACAAAAACAAACUGUCUGCUGAUCUUAAAGUUCUGGCUGAGAAGAACGAAAAGGAGUUGAAGGAGCUCCAGGCAGCGAAGCAGCUGUUGAUCCAGCAGAAGGUGGAGCUGCAGGGGAAGGUGGAGGCAGCUCAGGCAUCUCUAGAGCAGGAACAGAGAGAGCAUCAAAAGACCAGAGAUUCCAUCAAACAAAAACAGCAGCAGCUCAAAGCUGAGACGGAAAAACUACAACAGCAACUGGCAUCAGAAGUGAAGGCUAAAGAGGAGGUGGAGAAGCAGAGGGAAGAGGCAGAGGUGAAGAUGUCUAUGCAGGUGGCAGCAUUGAACGAGAAUGUAGCGACGUUGAAGCGGGAGUGGCAGAGCAGCCAGAGACGGGUGGGCGAGCUGGAGAAACAGACGGAUGAGCUGAGAGGAGAAAUUGCCGUGUUGGAGGCCACCGUCCAGAACAACCAGGACGAGAGACGCGCACUGCUGGAGAGGUGUGUCCAGGGUGAAGGUGAGAUUGAGAAGCUUCAGGCUAAGGUGUUGGAGAUGCGCAGGAAGCUGGAUGACACUACGGCCGCCAUGCAGGAGCUUGGCCGGGAGAACCAGUCUUUACAGAUAAAACAGUCGCAGUCUCUCACGCGAAAGUGGGCGGAAGAUCACGAGGUGCAGAACUGUAUGGCUUGUGGGAAGGGCUUCUCUGUCACUGUCAGGAAGCACCACUGUCGACACUGCGGCAACAUCUUCUGCGCAGAGUGCUCAGCCCGCAGCGCCCUGACUCCCUCGUCCAAAAAGCCUGUCAGAGUCUGUGACAAUUGCUUUGACGAACUCCAGGGCUGAUCGUCCAUCCUCCCAACCCCGUCCCCUGCAGCCCUCUGCGCCCUGCUCACCCUGACCUCUCCCCAGGAAACAUGAGCAACCAGGAGAGGCCAGCCGAGGCCGGACGCAGAAGCUGCAGGGACCACUGAGGAACAGCAUGUCAGGGUGGUCACUAAAUGCUGCCAAUCAGAUAGAGGGAACUCUAAAUUAAACCGGCCGGAACGGCUGUCCUCAUCUGUCCAGUGCCUUUGCCACUUAUGGGGCCACAGAGGAAUCAAAAGGGAGGGACCGCUUAUGUAUAAUUUGUAAUAUAAAAAUCAGAUCCUUACAGAGGUUUUGUGCUAAAGUACAACAGCUUUGGCACUCAGGAUUGAGUUUUACAUUGACAGCGUCUUUUAAAAGAUUUAAGUGAGACGUAAGUGGGAAGGAAUCUCAGUAGAACCAAAGCUGUUCGCAGGGUCCUCAUUUGAUAUAUCAUAUUUGUAAGUAAAUGUACAGACAAAAGAGGCACAUGUGAAUAAUUCAGAUAUAAGUGUCACUCUAUUAGUGUGGGCAUGUUAACAUAAGGUAUGUGGGUGUAACGUACGUACAUGCUUGCUUUGCUGCUCUUAUGUCUGUUGAAAUGAAACACUUGACGUUUGUUUUGCGUUCAUGAUCUCACCAGUACAAGUUGGUGAUUCUUUUAAAGAUUUCUGCACACAAAUAUGUCUUUUUUUUGUUUUCUUUUAUCAGUUUGUACACGGUGGAUGUACGUGCCCUGCUUUUAAGCAAUAACUGUGCAUUGGGUGUGAUCGUUUGUGUGCUAGUGUAUUGAAAAUGAAUGACAGACCGCUGAUUGUGUUUAAAAUAUCAGCUGCUACUUUUUUCUUCAUCUUGAGCGGUUUCUCUCAUUCAUGGCAUCGAAUGCGAAUGCAAUGCUGCGAGCCAACACAGUUUAGACUUAAAGGGGUAGUGCACCUAAAAAUUUUAGCUGUCGCCAUUUACUCACCCUUAGGUCAUUCAAAACCUGCAUGAUAUAUAAAUAUAAAAGUAGAUAUUUUGAAGAAUAUUGAGAAGUUAAUGGGAACCGAAAGUAUUGUCAAUAUCUUUUAAAUACUUUUUUACUUUGUUUUGCGGAACACAAAUCAAGAUAUUCUGAAGAAUGUUGAUAACCAAACAAAAAUUGUCCAUACAAUGAAAUUUUUUUUUUUUGGAAAAAUUUAAACAUUGUUCAAAUUGUCUUCUUAUAUGUCUUAUUUUGUUUAGUUACCAAUCAUACUUCAAAACAUUUUGGUUUGUGUUUUUAUUUAACAGAACACAAAAGAUAUUUUGAAGAAUGUUGAUUUUAAAGUGUAAACUCUUUAUUUACUGACAUUUUUUAAAAAAUAUCUAGUAUGUCCUGUUACUUUUAGUUACCUGCAUACUUCAAAAUAUAGUGUAUCUUAUGUCUUGUUUUUGUAUUUAACAGAACACAAAAGAUAUUUUGAAGAAUGUUAACCGACAAAAAAAAAAUUGUCCGUACAAUGGAAGUCAAUGGGAACCAAAAUUCUUUAUUUACGAACAUUCAAGUUAUCUUCUGAUGUCUAGUUUCCUUGUUUUACUUAACAGCAUAGUUCAAAAUAUCUUGUCUUGUUUUUUUUUUUAUUUUAUUUAACAGAAAACACAAGAUAUUUUGAAGAAUGUUAACCAAAAAAAAAUGUCCAUACAAUGGACGUCAACGGGAACCAGAACUCUUUUUUUUUUUUUUUUUUUUUUUUUUUUGCCAACAUUUUUCAAAAUAUCAUCAAUCUUGUUUCUUUGUUUUACUUGCCAACAUGGUUCAAAAUCCCGUCUUGGUUUAUAUAACAGAACACAAACAUAUUUUGAAAAAUGUUGAUAAAAAAAAAAAAAUGUCUAUAAAAUGGAAGUCAUGGGAACCAAAACUCUUUAUUUACUAACAUUUUUCAAACUAUUAUCUUAUGUGUUGUUACUUUGUUUUAGUUAUCAUCAUCCUUCAAAAUAUUGUGUAUCUUCUAUCUGUGUUUUCUUUGAUUAUGUAACAUUGUACAAAAGAUAUUGUGAAGAAUGAUAACAAAAAAAAGUCAAUGGGAACCAAAACUCUUUAUUUACUAAUAUAUUUCAAAAUAUCUUCUUAUGUCUUGUUACUUUGUUUUAAUUUCCAACAUGCUUCAAAAUAUCUUGUUUCUUAGUUUAUUUAAGAGAACAAAAUACAUUUUGAAGAAUGUUAAUAACUGGGGGAAAAAACAUUGUCCACAUAUUGGAAGUCAAUGUUUAAUUACCAACAUUUUUCAUAAUAUCAUUAUCUUUUCUUUGUUUUGAACACAAAAAAAGAUAUUUUGAAGAAUGUUGAUAACUAAAAAACAAAAAUGUCCAUACAAUGGAAGCCAAUGGUAACCAAAAUUCUUUAUUUACUAACAUUUUUCAAACUAUAAUCUUAUGUGUUGUUACUUUUAGUUAUCAUCAUCCUUCAAAAUAUUGUGUCUUGUUUUCUUUGUUUAUUGAUAUUUUGAAGAAUGUUGAUUAAAAAAAAUUGUCCAUACAAUUGAAGUCUUUGGGAACCAAAACUCUUUAUUUACCAACAUUCUUUACAAUAUCUUCUUGUAUGUUUUGUUACUUUGUUUUAGUUACCAACAUCUUGUCUUGUUUUCUUUGUUUGUUUAACAGAACACAAGAUAUUUUGAAGAAUGUUAAUAACUGAGUGAAAAAACAUUGUCCACAUAUUGGAUGUCAAUAUUACCAACGUUUUUCGUAAAAUCAUCUUCUUUUCUUUGUUUUGAACACAAAAAAAAGAUAUUUUUAAGAAUGUUGAUAACCAAACAACAAAACCUGUCCAUAAAAUGUGAACCAAAAUUAUUUACCAACAACCUUUAAAAUAUCUUGUCUUGUUUUCUUUGUUUAACAGAACACCAAAAGAUAUUUUGAAGAAUGUUGAUAACUAAAAACAAAAAUGUCCACACAAUGGAAGUCAAUGGGAACCAAAACUCUUAAUUUACCAACAUUCUUCAAAAUAUCUUCCUAUAUCUUAUGCUUUCUUUGUGUGUUUUGCAAAUUACAAAAGAAGAUUUUUUAAGGAAAGUUGAUGACCAAACCAUUUUGGUUCCCCUUGACAUUUUAUUUUUGUUCAAACAGUGAAAGUCAAUAAGGUCCAAAAAGGAUUGGACCCCAUUGACUUACAUUGUACAGACAUUGUGAAUUUUUAAAAUAUCUUUCUGUCAUGGAGGUUUAAAAUUAAAUGACAGUGAGCAAAUAACAUCAUUUUAAUUUCUUUGGUGAACUAUUCCCAUAUUAAAAGCUGAAAGUGUUGGCACGCAUCAUUGUAGAGCUAAAAGCAAGCGAGUGCACUGCGACUAACUACUGUAAAGUACGCUUCACUGUACAACCUGAUGUUUUCGCUAUGCUUAAUAGGUUGUACGUCGACUCGCAACAUCGAUAGCACUGUUUGCUGUCAGUGUGAUUCUGAGGUAUUGAUCAUUUCCUGUUUGUGUCAGUAGAUGGAUUCAACAGCAUAGUGCAUAAUAAUUUGUAUGUAUGUAUCCCAGGCAGAGUCUCAGGAUGUUUUGCGCUCAUCACCAGCUCAGUCAUGUGACUUUAUUUCGAAAAACUGAAUAUUAUAUGAAUAACAGCCCUUUAACUUGAUUUUGAAUUAAAUGUGUGCUACAGUCAACAACGGUGCCAUAAAACUGGUCAAAACCCUCCGUCUGACAUCACUUCCGGUUUUCUCUAACCUUUAACAAAUGCUGUAUUUAUUAGCAAAGUGGUUGUAGCACAUUCAGAAGAAAAACAGGUUGUGCCGCUUGCAAAUAAAGCUAAUUUGUGACUGCAUAUGCAAAGUGUAUCACUUGUAGGUUUUUGCAUCAGCACUACUCACUAACAGUAUCUGUUAUAUGGUUGUCAUACAUUAUUAUUGAUUGAUUCAUAUUUCCAUGUGCUAAACAGCAGGGUGUUCACAUUCAUGUUGUGGUAAUGUGUUUGUGUGCCUUAUGUCAAGGUUUUUCUGUCACCUUUGUGCAUUUCUGAAUGCAAACCCAUCAGACACGUGUUAAUUCAUUUAGCAGGUUUCUACAUAUUUCUGAUGUGAACGCAGUAUCGGUAGUAUCAGUAUCAGAAUAUACUAAGUAUGUUAAAAAGUAAAUAAAAAAAUGUCAAAAUGUAAAAUACCACAUACUGAAGGUGAUUUCAGGUUCAUUUGUUUGCCUGAAGGUCAGCUGAACUACUUCAUCACCUGUGAUGUUUUGUUGUUAUGGAGGAAAAAAAAUGUUCAGAGGUAUUGUUUUCUAAUUUUCCAUCAUGUUUAAAAGUACAUAAUAAACUAGCUGUUUCUAUUUU